AUGAAUGGUCGCAAUGCGCCUCUGUCACCUGUUUCUCUAGGCGGAAGCGAGUGGUCCGUUGGAAAAUACCCAAACAACACCGACGAUCCGUACGCAAACAACCGCGGCAACAUCGUCUCACCCCCGAAUUCUGGAGGUUCGAACGGGGCCAUGAAUGGUGCCUUCCCUCCCGGCCCUCGGAGCGCCGGCGGCCCUUCGCCACCGCCGUCCGUCGGCCGAUCCAGCAAUGGCACAAACCUGUAUGCGAGGAGUGAGAGCGGGAGGAGCAUCCGCGAGGAGCAAGCGGAAGGAAUACUCGGCGAACAUUACGUCGCCCUCAAGAACUAUUUGAACGGUGGACAGGGGGGGAAGCCGACGCCUGCCAACAAGGCGCGUGACAAGCUGCUGCGCUUGUCAUCUGUUCAGUUUCUCGAGCUGAGUACCGAUGUCUUCGACGAGCUGUUGCGGAGGCAGUCCCUCAAUCGCCGGCCCUCGGCCCCCGGUGCCCCCAGCCCUCCUCCUUACCUGCUGCCCGAAUCAAAUUUUCAUCCAAAACGCAACCAGGCGAGGCAAAAACUGUCCUCUCUUGGGCCGCCACGCUUCCGUGAUCUCGCAACCGACGUCUUCUGCGAGUUGGAGAGGAGGUUUCCCCGCUUUGCUGCUGGAGAUAUCCCCAGAGUGGGUAGCCCCGUAUCCGUCCGCUCACAGGCGACGAUCAAUGGAAAUGGCUAUCCGCCCAGGAGUCAAAGUCGGAUGAGGCGCCCUUCCGACGCAAGUUCCAUGAGGGGAGGACCACAGCAGCCGGAUCCCUACGGCGUGCCGCCUUCGCCAGGCAUGCCGCCUAAUGGCGACUACAACCGCCCGAUGCAGAAGCAAUUCCAGAGCAAUACCAUUGUGCCGAACAAGAGCACAAUGGUGGAAGAGGAUGACGACGGCAGCCCCAACGAAGACGACGGCGAGGCCUUUGCUCUCGAACGGACUGCCACAAACCGCAGCAAGAGGAGUGAGGUCACAGAGCGGAGCGCCGCAGCAUCAGAGGCCGAUAAGAAGCUACUGGACGAGUACCAGACGCAGGUUCGCGAACUGCGGGAGAAGCUGGACGCCAUGGAGGACGCAAUGAAGAAGAAGGACGACGAACUGAACAGCGUUCUCGACGGUGAGAGAUCACGUUCAACGGCCGCCAACAUGGAGAAGAAGGAAUUUGCGGAUCUCCGACUUGAUCUAGAGAACAAAGUCGCCGAGGCUCAGGACUUGAACGCGUCCCUCAAGCAAGAGUUGGAUCGCAUGAGGGACGAGCACGCAAACGAAGCCCGACAACUAAGAGAGCAAGUGGAUGAAUUACGGCAGUCCAGCGUCGCCGCUGUUACGGUCAAUUCCGGCAACGCCGACAGUGAGCUGCAAAUGGAAAACCAGCGGCUUCGCCUGUCCCUACAAGAACAACAGCAGGUUACGGAAGAUGCUCGGCGCGAAGCUCGCGAGUUCCUCCGGGAGAUGAAGAUACUUUCACAACAGGGUGGCUCGACUUGGCAAAAGCAGGAAGAGCUCGAGAAGACGAUUGAACAGCUCGAAGCAGAGGUUCGCGAAUGGCGGAAUCGAUACGCGCGGACCAAGACCCAGCUUCGCAACAUGCGAGCCUCCUCGCUCGGACUGACGGUUGAGCAGGACGCGGCCAAAUAUGUUCGCGAAAAAGGUUUCACCCAGCAAGACGGCGCGGUUAAGGACAUACACGUCACCAAAUUCCAGAUCGCCAUCGACGAGCUGCUCCAGCGCGCCCGAGCCGAAGACCCUGAUACGGUCAUUGAUGCUAUGAAGCAGGUUGUUGUCAGCGUUCGCCGGAUUACUAAAGAUGUCGACACCGCAGCCGCUGGCAACGAGGAGCUCCUCCAACAGCGUUCGAAACUCAAGGGCAAGAUUUCCUCCACCGCCAACCACCUUAUUACAACAUCCAAAAACUUUGCGUCGUCGGCCGGCAUCACGCCAGUAUCCCUACUCGAUGCCGCCGCCACGCACCUUGUUGCGGCUAUCGUCGACAUCCUCCGGGUUGCGAAGAUUCGGUCCACUCCCGCCGAGGAACUCGAGGAUGAUGACGACGGCACAGUCACGCCCGUAGACUCGACCGGGUUCUUCUCUCCUCGAACUGCUUCGAGGCAAGAGUCGAUAACCCAAGAAUCCUUGCCCACACCAGCACCAUUCCGGGGCCUCGGUAGUGGUGGCAGGACCAGCAUGGACUCGUCAGCUUACAGCCCUGUGAACUCCCCUCGUCAGUCUGCAGACGCAUACAACCAGUCCCAAGGGUCCAACGGAAUGAACGGGGUGGGUUUUGGAAUGAUGAAUCAGAACGCACCGGCAAACGGAUACAACAACAGUAUGCGCCAACAGGGUAACCAAGCUGAAGAUCUCAAGAUUUACCUCGAAGAUCAGACCGCCAUUUUGGUCCAAAACAUUCAGAACUUGGUUGGCUCCAUCCGAAGCGAUGCAUCAAUCAAUCAAAUCACGUCCGAGAUUGGCGGCAUCGUCCAGGUUGUCGACAAAGUUAUCUCGGAGACCGAGGCGUCUGGAAACGGCGGCAUGAUCGCCCGUCUGGUCGCAUGUCGUGAUCGACUCUUGGAGGCCGGCGAGCGCGGCAUGGAUAUUGACCGUGGACAAGACGUCGGCGCCAGCGGACGGAACGAUCGCGAAUGGAGGAUGUGGACACAGACUCUGCCGCCCAUCGCUUUCGAAAUCGCGAGGGAAACAAAGGAGCUGGUUCAACGAGUUGACCGAUUGGUCGGCAAUGGAGACGAUGACUUCUCAUGA